AUGAAGGUCUGUGAAAUUGCUCAGCUGACUUUCACUGGAAGGAAGCAUUCAUCAUCAGUUGUUCAGGAUAGACAAGAUCUCAGGACCUAUCCAUACUCUGAUGUAUAUUUUAGUGAAAACAAGUUAUUGCUGGACCAGAGUGGUGAACUUUUUACUGGCCUGUACAGUGACUACUGGGGGAGGGAUGCUGCUCUGUUUCGCACUAUGAACCGCAUGGCCCAUCUCCGAACUGAACCUGACAGUGAGCGCCUCUUGAAAGAACCAAAAUUUGUUGGCUCAUACAUGAUUCCUGACAAUGAAGACCAUGAUGAUAACAAAGUAUAUUUCUUCUUUACUGAAAAAGCAUUAGAGGCUGAGACAAGUACUCAUGCCAUAUACACCAGAGUGGGACGUGUAUGUGCGAAUGACAUGGGAGGCCAGAGAAUGCUCGUGAAUAAAUGGAGCACUUUCCUCAAAACCAGGCUAGUUUGCUCUGUGCCUGGAAGAAAUGGAAUUGAUACAUAUUUUGAUGAAUUAGAGGAUGUGUUUUUGCUGCAAACUCGUGAUAACAAAAAUCCAGUGAUAUUUGGCCUCUUCAACACUACAAG